CCUUCGCCUAGAAAUCGGUUAAUCAACAAAUAUCAUUGAAGGUCUUCGUUACGCACAAAGUUUACUUUUGCAUUAUCCAACAUUGAUUUAUUUUAAUAUUGUUCCUAUUUUACUGUAAGGACAAUGUCUUAUCAAUUAUAUCGAAACACGACAUUAGGUAAUACAUUACAGGAAAGUCUUGAUGAACUAAUUCAGUAUGGACAAAUCACACCACAAUUAGCAAUUAAAGUACUAUUGCAAUUUGAUAAAGCAAUAAAUCAGGCACUUGCAACCAGAGUUAAAUCUAGACUUUCAUUUAAGGCUGGCAAAUUAAAUACUUAUAGAUUUUGUGACAAUGUUUGGACAUUUAUGCUAAAUGAUGUUGAAUUUCGUGAAGUCCAAGAAGUUGCAAUAGUGGAUAAAGUUAAAAUUGUAGCAUGCGAUGGAAAAACAUUGGAUGCAGAUGCAGCAACAAAGCGAUAACACUGCUACCUUGCAUGAGCAAUUAUAAUUAUCGUAUCCCACAGAUAAGGAAGUACUAAUUACAAAGAAACUUCAACAUAUAUAGUAAUAUAAGCGAAACACAUUAUACGUUCAGCUAUAGUGGUUAAAUCAUAUACAGUAACUAUAAUCAUGACACUAUGUUGAAAGUAGGAACAUAAAGAUUACUUGCUUUUCUUUCUUACCAGAACCUAGUGUUAGUUUUAUUUUUAUAUUGUAUUUGGAAGUGAAUAGACUUUAUACAUCAUAUGUCUACUACAACUUAUCUUCGAGAAAUACAAAAAUAUGUUGUAUAAUAUAAUCUUCCUAUGUGGUCCAACAUGUUGUUCCAAAGAUGUAAAUAAUUCUAUAAACGAGACUGCAAGGUUUACUAAGAUAUCUAAAUAAGUGAUACUAAAUGGCAUUAAGGAUAUACAUGAACGUUGUUCAUUACAAUGUACUUUGUACUACAAAUAUAAGUCUUGGAUAUUAACAACA